GGAUUCGAGCUUUGUCUCCAGGCUGUCAGUGAUAUCUCGACAGACAGGAGAGACGCGCGGUAAAUGUUUCUCAUUGAGCUCGUCGUCUCGCUUUAUCCGUAGCGCUGCAUUGACGGACUCGUCGUAUAAACACGUCGCGGGGUUCAGACUGUCAACCCUAUGCGGGAUCGAGCGGCGUUGCUCGGAAGAGAAAGCCGAGACGGAACAAUACCGACCGCUUAGAAGGAGAGCGCUUGUGUCUCGUCGGCAAGUGAAUAUCAAUUUUCACCCGAGCGCUUUAAACGGAUUCGGACUGUGACAGCACGUCAACCAGCAUUACUGGAGAGGAACAUAAACGCCAUUUCUAUAGACGCUUAUUAAUAAAAACACAGCAAUGCCGGGGUUUGACUACAAGUUCCUGGAGAAACCCAAAAGGCGCUUUCAGUGCCCUCUGUGUAGCAAGGCGAUGAGGGAACCCGUCCAAGUUUCCACAUGUGGACACAGAUUCUGCGACACCUGUCUGCAGGAAUUUCUCAGUGAGGGGGUCUUCAAGUGCCCGGAGGACCAGCUCCCACUGGAUUAUGCCAAGAUCUAUCCUGACCCUGAGCUGGAACAGCUGAUACUGGCGCUGCCCAUCCGCUGUAUUCACAGUGAGGAGGGCUGCCGCUGGACCGGCCAGAUGAAACAGCUACAGAGCCACUUCUCCACCUGCGCCUUCAACGUGAUCCCCUGCCCCAACCGCUGUGCUGUCAAGCUGACACGGCGUGACCUGCCCGAGCACCUGCAGCACGACUGCCCCAAACGCAAGGUCAAGUGCGAGUUCUGCGGCAGCGAGUUCACGGGAGAGGCCUACGAGAACCACCAGGGCAUCUGUCCACAGGAGAGCGUCUACUGCGAGAACAAGUGCGGAGCGAGAAUGAUGAGGAGACUCCUGUCCCAGCACACCAUGACCGAAUGUCCCAAACGCACCCAGCCCUGCAAGUACUGCGGCAAGGAGUUCGUCUUUGACACCAUCCAGAACCAUCAGUUUCACUGCCCUCGCUUCCCUGUGCAGUGUCCCAAUCAGUGCGGCACACCGAACAUCGCCCGGGAGGAUCUGCCCAAUCACGUGAAGGAGAGCUGCGGCAGCGCGCUGAUCCUCUGCCCCUUCAAAGAAGCCGGCUGUAAACACAGAUGCCCGAAAUUGGCCAUCGGUCGACACCUUGAGGAGAGCACAAAAUCCCACCUGACCAUGAUGUCCACCCUGGUGGGCCGCCAGCGACAGGAAAUCAUGGAGCUGAGACGGGAAAUGGAGGAGCUGUCAGUCAGCCACGAUGGCGUACUCAUCUGGAAGCUGACCGACUAUUCACGCAAGCUGCAGGAGGCCAAACUUCGCAACAACCACGAGUUCUUCAGCCCUCCCUUCUACACGCACCGCUACGGCUACAAACUGCAAGUAUCGGCUUUCCUCAACGGAAACGGCAGCGGCGAGGGGUCGCAUCUGUCAAUCUACAUCCGCGUGCUGCCCGGCGAAUAUGACAACCUGCUGGAAUGGCCCUUUUCCUACAAGGUCACCUUCUCUAUCUUGGACCAGAGCGACCCGUCGCUCUCCAAACCUCAGCAUAUCACCGAGACCUUCAACCCUGAUCCUAACUGGAAGAACUUCCAGAAACCGUCCAGCAGCCGGAACUCGCUGGACGAGAGCACGCUGGGUUUCGGCUACCCCAAGUUCAUCUCGCACGAGGAGAUCAAGAAGAGGAACUACAUCCGUGAUAACGCCAUCUUCCUCAAAGCUUCCAUAGAAAUCCCGCAAAAAAUCAUGGCUUGAGGAUGUUCGGCGAUUUGUCUUUCUAGAUGUCUUUGUGGGCCCUAAUUUGUCUGUUUUGAAACAGGACCGACUCGUCUGUCAGUUUGUCCGACUGACUUUAGGGGACCGUAGUGAAACGUGGAAGUGUUUGAUCUGAAAAAUCAUCACUUUGAAAUGUUUUGCUUUGUAACACUCUCUUCCUCAAUCUACAGCAGCGCCUUUGGACAUUCAGUAGUGCCUAGAACAUUUAUUUGAAUUUAAAUGUUAUUUUUCGAGCGUGAUUUAUGUUAUUUCUCAGACAGAGUAUGCGAUUGAAGCGAACUGUGAAAGGUUAAUCCUUGCACUUUGAGGAAGUUUAAAUAUUUGGAAAAAAGGCGACCGAGGACUUAAACACAACAGCUGGCAGUACUUCAAUUCACACACUCUUUUGUGUACACAGUUUUGUCUGGUAUUGGUUCUCUCAAUGGUGGGAGUCAACAGAACCUAGCAUUCCUGUUUAACUUGUUUUAAGUAAACUAACAAUGACUGUGAAGUAAAUGUAGCUAACUCCGUAUUGUAGGCUAUACGGGACUCCCACCUUCCAUUCGGGACUGACAGCAGAACUUGAAUCGAUGAGGGGUUCAGGAUUUUUCAGCCCGACCCGUGCACUCCGGUCCCGAUCGAAAGCCAUGAGAGAGAUUGUUUACAUUCAGUCUGAGGGCGUAAGGAGAGAAGUCAACACGGACCACUUUUUUGUACCGUAACCUGUAUUUUUAACCAGCAUGUGUUGAUGCAUCGCUACAUAUUGAGGCGAAUGAAAGGUCAAAGGAACCAAACUUUUUUAAACAUGUGAAACAAGGAACGCUGUUUAUAAUGAGUGGUUUUUAAAUGUGAACUCACAUGCUCGGUACACACUUUCUUUUUCUUCAUCCUGUGAUGCCGGUCACUGGCAGCUGACAGAUACUGUAGAAUGAAGGCACUCGCCACGGUCGCCCAAAAGUGCUGGUACCUCAGGUGCGAGGGCGUCGUAUUCGAGCGGCGCUGGUUGCUAUGGUUACCCGUGCCUGCAGGAAAGAAGCAUGUGAACGAGAGUUCUUCCAUGUGCCUGAGGAAGAUGAGCCUUGUGCAAUAUGGCUGCCAUUGCUCCAUACAGACAAGACUUUGUGGAUACUUCUUAUAUAUGUGAAUACUAAUAAAUGAAAAUUAAAUGCAAAAGCACAUGUAAUCUCGCUACAAUACCAGCUAAUAUUUUGCAAUGAUUUUGAGGAAACCUGGAAAAAAAAGACGUUUUUUUGCUAAGAUUCUGUAUUUUACAAAGUACCGCAGAUGUUUUCUACAACAUUUUUGGAAAUGAGUUGGGGGAGCGUACGUUGCCCCUUUACGGGAACUUUUUACGUUUCAUGUCCGUGGCAUUUGCUCGACCGUUUCGUUCGUCUGGUUUGGAUUUUGAGUAUUACGUCUGUAUUAUUUCCUCUUGAAAGUAUUUAUUUUGAUGCACCGUGACAUAAGCUCGAUAUGAGAGAUGGUGCAGAUGUUUUUGUAUGUUGAUUUAAUGAUUGCUUGUCGAAUAUCACUUGAAAUAAAACAGUGUCU